CCCAUUGAAGACAAAAAAAAUACUCUAAAGAAGAAAACAAUUUGAAAGGACAAGGACUAUUGAGUUGAAAUUCGAGCGUUCAACUCGGAGAAGGCAGGAGUUCGGCCAUGGAUGAGCUUGAAUUCCGACGUUUUCUUGAGCUCUUCCCGGUCGUCAGAUCUCGCGAUUUUCACCUUGAAUCUGAGACGAGGCCAUCAGCUUCUCAGUCGGUGCGAAAUUUGGAGGGAAGGAAAUUACUCAAUGAGGGGAAUGGAGCUGAUGGAGAUGCAUUUUGGAACAAACUGAAGGCAGUUGCAGAGCAAAAGGUUGGCACAGCGGAAGCAGAAAAGUUUUGCAAGGCAUUUCAGCAAGUUUACAUGAAACUUGUUUAUGAAGAACUGAGUUCAGAUGCUGCUCAUAGCUUUCUAAAAUCAUGAUAUGGUUUUAGACACUGUUUUCCCUUGUUAGGGACGAGAAUUCCGGAAGCUAUUUGUUUGUGUGCUCUUCAAUCCUUUUUAUUCAUUCUCUUGCUGUUUUACUCUUUCAUAUCAUAGCUGUACUAGGCUAUCACAUGUAAACUUUACUGUUUUAUCUUUUACUAUUAGUAAAAAAAAAAAAGGUCUGUAUUGGUGCUUUUCGCAGUUUAGUUCUGUAUUAGCUGACCUUGUAUUUUUCCCAGUCUGAAUGCUUUGAGAGUCUUGUGUUUGGUGAGUGGGAAAAAUGGGACACAAGAACCUUGUGCACAAAAUGGUGUUGUCGUUUAUAUAUGGUAACAAUAGAAGAACAAUGAAUUAGACUUUGGUUUA